AAAAACUCGCUGCAGAGAGUUCUCAGGCCCAUGCUCUUGAGUGAGUUUCAGUGCUUUUACUUAAAAUGUUUACAUUCGCGGCUAGAUUUUCAGUUCAAUUGGCCAAAAGUCUUUCUGUGAGAACGCAACGUGAAAGUAUUUAUAUUUUUGAAUUUUAGAACUGUGGUGCGAUCAUAUUGGUGUAUCUAUUACCAGUUUAUAUUUUGUCAGUAAGUUAUUUAAUGUUAGUAUAAAAUCGUACAUAUUCUGCAGUGUGAUUCUUCAAAUUCAUUAGAGGCUCUAGAUGGGACGAUCUUCUAAAGAUAAACGCGAUAUUUAUUAUCGUCUUGCCAAAGAGGAAGGAUGGAGAGCGAGAAGUGCUUUUAAAUUAUUACAGAUUAAUGAAGAGUUUGGAAUAUUUGAAGGUGUUAAAAAGGUUGUUGAUUUAUGCGCAGCACCUGGAAGUUGGAGUCAGGUAUUAUCCAGAAAAUUAAGAGGUAAUGCUGAAGAUCCUGAUGAGAUAAAAAUAGUGGCUGUUGAUCUGCAAGCUAUGGCACCAUUACCUGGUGUCAUUCAAAUACAAGGAGAUAUUACUAAGAUAUCAACAGCUGAGGAUAUAAUAAGUUAUUUUAAAGGUGAAAAUGCGGAUCUGGUAGUUUGUGAUGGUGCCCCUGAGUUUACUGGCUUGCAUGAUCUUGAUGAAUACAUUCAAGCUCAGUUGGUGCUGUUAUCCUUCCAAAAUACACAACACUCUUUGAAAAAAGGUGGUACUUUUGUAGCAAAAAUUUUCAGAGGAAAAGAUGUUACUUUGCUUUUUUCUCAGUUAAAAAUAUUUUUUGAAACUGUCACAAUUGCUAAACCUCGAAGCAGUCGAAACUCUAGCAUAG